GGAUAUGUAUAUUACUAUAUCCAAAUUUGCUGCAUAGAUUUGCAGAAGUGACUUUAAAGGUUCUUUGUUUUUAGUAUUUAGACAAACUGUUCAUUCUGACUUACUCUGGUAAUAGAUUGAAGUGAAGUACUCUAACGCUUUGUCUGGCUUCAGUAAGAGGUUCUCAUUUCUAAUUUUUUCAACUAAGAACUAUCCAGUUAUUCUGGAGCAAAGUUAAAUCUUUAAUGUUUGAUGGUUGAUAUUAUAUUGCAGGAGGGGUUUUUUUUGCACAGGAUGGAUGUGCUUAAUUAUGUAUGUUCAAAACUGAGUUGGUUUGGAUUUUUUUUUCUGUUAAUCCACAAAUAUAGAAGAAGGAAUGGCUUUGAGAGACGUGAUCUGCAGUGUCAGGAAGGGGAAAACCCCAGUCUUUUUAGUAUUCAGGGUUCAGGCUAAAGAGACAAAUUGAGGUACAGUAUGUUCCUGUUCAGUCUCAGUGUAUGUUGCAAAACAUAGCAACCACUUUUGAGGAAGCUAUGUACAGGGUGAUUGCAUUAUUUUGCAGCUAGACUUCCAACUAAGCCACACCUUUUAACUAAUUAGUAACAAUAAAUUGCCAGGGAGGCAUUGUCCCUCCUGGUCAUAGGGGGCCAGGUAGUCCUGGCCCCACAGCAGGCUCUUGGGCUCACUAAUGCUGUGGGAUGUAGUGACGGCUGUUCCAGCUCUGCCCACAGCCCUUGAGUGCUGGGGCACCCUUGGGUGAAAUUUUAGUUCCUUUUAGUUUUCAGCUUGCUUUGAAGAAGAAGUAGGAUGUGCUUAGGCGGUGGUGGAUGUUGUCCUGAAAGUGACUGCCCCUUCCGUAUUUGCUGUUGCUGAUCUCAGCUGAUCGUGGGGAGAUCCCAUACCACUGGUGCUUCAGGGCCAGGCCUUCGUUUGCUCCAGAGCUGGUUUUGCCCAUCUGGUGGUACACAAUCACCUUCACUGUAGUCUUUAAUUAGAAUAAUGGCAUUGGUUAUUCAAAAUUUUUAAAUUUAUUUAUCCACUAUGGUAAAUGAUGAAGUCUGUUAACACUUAGGUCACCAGGAGAGAAUGGGUUGAAGAGCCAAAAGUUCCAUGUACUGGUAUGCUUUUAUAUGCACUUUGGUCUGUUAUGCCAGACCAUGUGCCUUCUUAUUUGGUUUUUUUCUCUCCUGAACAUUUAAGGAUUUACUUCCUCCAUCGAUACAGAGCACACAGUCUUGUGUUGUUUUGUCUGUAUCUUUUGUUCCUUCACAUCCUGUCUUUGUUUACUGUGUCUGAGUAUCCCAAGAGCUCACAGCUGGGGAAUCUUCACAGUACAGUAGUAAUACCCAUCAUGGUAGUGUGGAACGAUAGGUGUGAAAAUCUCAGACCCUGUGGAUUGCAUACAUGCUACCCAUCUUUUGAUAAAGUUUUGGUAUCCUAGUUAAAACAGUACUUUGAAGUAAAUGCUGCAGGAAUUAUAUGCUGUGGCUUCUAAGACUAAAUUUUGGAGUGGUGGUAAUAAUCUUGGAUCCAUUGGAAAUAUAUGUUUACUUAUUACUGCUCUAUGAAACCUCUCCAAACCUCUGUUGUUGGCUAGGGUACUUGAAAAGGUAGGAAAUUGUUGCCUCGUACAUCACAAAAAACUAAACCCCAAACAAACAAAACACAAACCCCCCAAAAUAAAACAAAAAACCCAAACAAAAACCCAACGGGGGAUGUGCUUUACCUCUGUCACAGAAGGCAUUGAGGCUAGAAAGAUCUCUGGAUUAUGCUCUUCAUUACCAAGCCAGGCACCGCUUGUCCACAAAGUCUGAGUCGGCCCUAGGUCUGACUGUGUCUGUCUCUUGUCCUGUCUGCCUGCCCUUAUUCACGAUAUUUCAAGGAAUCAAGGAGCUCAAGCUAUCAUUCAUGUUUUUAAGAUGGCAAGAGAAUUUAACACAAUUUUAAAAUACUGCCUUUUCACGCUUGGACGCUUGAAGACUUCGAGAUGAAUUUAGAGCCUGUUUGCCCUCGGGGCGUAAGCCCCGCCAUAUCCGUCUUUACUUCGGCUCUGCUUUGGGCUGGGCGGGAGAGGACCGGGAAAAGGCGCCGGAGUAGCGCCGCAUCGCGCCCGACCAGUGCGGCUCAUUCGGGAGGGCGGCCGUCCCGGCACGACCCCCGUCCCCGCCCGCAUGCCCACCCCGCGCUGGGGAAGGGUGUUCCCGGGGCGGGCGAAGGGCGGGAAGGGGGACGGGUUAGCGAGAGAAAAUCGGCGGCUGUCGGCGCGGAGCGAGCUCGCAUUCCGCGCCGGCGGCUGGGGCUGCUCGUCCGCCUCUCGCCAUGGGGCUGCAGCCCCGGCGCGCCGCGGGGCCCUGCCCGCCCGCGGGGAGAAGCACCGCCCUGCCCGGAGCGCGCUCCGCGCCUCCCUGGGCGCGCAGCGACGAGCCGGAGGGAACUCCCGGGCGCCCCGCCACCCUGCCGCCCCUCCUGCCAGCCAUCCUGCCGGCCGCCUCCUCUUCCCCCGCUGCCGCCCGGGCACAGCCCAAGAAGCCGCCGGCGACCGCCUCGGCCCCCAAGAAGGCAGCGCCUCGGCCCGCAGAGGAGAAGGGGGCGAGGAAGGCGCGGGGGGCGCCCCCGGAGCGGCCGGGCCCCCUCUCCAACUCCUGGCCUUGCUCGUCCCUGCAGCGGCCGCCGCCGCGGAGACCGCCGGCCGAGCGAGCGGCGCGGCCCCAGCCCACCCCGCCGCAGCCGCGGGGGCGCCCGGGGGCGCCGGGGGCGGGCAGCCGCUCCUGCGAGAGCCUCGGCGGGGCGCCGGGGGAGGCGGCGGGGCGCUUCUCGCUGAGCCUGCCCCCGGAGGCCAUCCGGGUGCUGCAGCGCCGCAGCCUGGAGCGGCAGCGGGGGCAGCCCGCCCCCUCCCCCGCCGGCAGAGCCGCCCCGGCCCGGCGCGGCGACCUGCGCGCUCUGCUGAAGGUUUCGCUGCUCAACGACCGGCACCGCUACGAUGACGAGGAGUACGAGGAGGAGGAGGCGGGGGCCGCGGCGGACGAGGGUCUGGUGCGGAAAUGCACCGAGUGGCUGCGCGGCGUGGAGAGCGCGGCCGGCCGCGACCACCCCGAACGGCUGGAGACGCUGCCGCACUUGGGCACCCUCUGAGCCCCGCCAGGACCGGGGAGCGGCACGGCGGGGGCUAGAGGAGCUGUCGGACCGGGGGGAGGUGGGGCCGCCAUCCGCGAUGUCGUGUUCCGUGUGCUGUUGUCGGCGCCAGAGCAGCGGAGCCCCUGGCCUGGAGCCGAUCCUCGGGGCGCCGCCGCCGCCGCCGGGGCGAGGGACAAAGGAGCGGCGUCGGCCUCCGCCCGCCGGUGUCCGGGUGCUGGGAGGGAGGGCACCGGCUGUGGGCGUCCUGCCUCCACCCUCGCGGUUUUUCUAAAGAUUUCUGACUACUUUAUAGAAUGUGCGUAAUGGUUUUGUAUAUUUGUAUAUAAAAGUUCAUUUUUAUUUAUUUGAAUAAAGGACUCUUGUGUUGCGGUA